AUGGCACAUAUCGAUUUUAGGAAGGCGGCUGUGGUUGGUGUGGAUGACCUUGUCCUGCUUCCGCAGCUUUCCGACAGGGCCAUCAUGGAGAACCUCAAGUUGCGCCACAGCAAAGAUGUUAUCUACACGAGUAUUGGCCCGGUUUUGUUAAGUGUGAAUCCGUUCAAAAAGAUUCCAAACUUGUACAGUGAGGAGCGCAUCGCCUUCUUUCGGGGUGGCGGAAAGAGUAACGGGACGGUGGUUGGGAGCAGCCAUGGCGGGCCCCACGUGUUUGGUUUGGCGGAGGAGACCUACCGCACCAUGGUUGCGGAGGAGGAGAAUCAAUGCGUCAUCAUCUCAGGGGAGUCGGGGGCGGGAAAGACGGAGGCGUCAAAGCAGAUUAUGCAGUACGUCUCCGCAGUCUCGGGUAACACGGCGGAAAUGCAGCGUGUAAAACGGAUCAUUUUGGUGUCUAAUCCCUUACUGGAGGCCUUUGGCAACGCAAAGACUGUACGGAAUGACAACAGUUCUCGUUUUGGGAAGUUCUUUGAAAUAUUUUUUGAUCGAAUGGGUGGUCCUGUUGGCGGACGCAUGUCGAACUUUCUUCUUGAGAAGUCACGGGUAGUUGGCCAGCAGAAAGGAGAGCGGAGCUUCCAUGUUUUUUACCAGUUAUGUCACGGGGCUGCUCCGGCGCUACGUGAUAGGCUGCGGCUACUGCCCCCCGGCGACUUCUUCUACCUGAACCAGGGCGGCACGCUGGAGUGUGAAGGCAUUGACGAAAGGAAGGCAUGGGCGGAGACGCUGGCGGCAAUGAACGCAAUGUCGAUUUCAAUGGCGGAUCAACAGUCCAUCUUCGAGACCCUCGCCCUCAUCCUGCACCUUGGGCAGCUGCAGUUUGCGUCGUCCGCGGCAGGCCGUGAAGACGCUGCGUUGCUGGUUUCAAAUAGGGAUGAACUGGAUUUUUGCGCCAUGCUCUUGGGCGUAGACGCGGCUGCGCUGGAGCGGGCCCUCACAUGGAAGCGGCUGGAAAUGGGCGCAAGCGAGGUAGUCAACGUCCCUCUUGACAUGCAGCAGUGCCGAAAUGCCCGUGACGCUAUUGCAAAGACACUAUACCACCACUUGUUUGACUUUGUCGUGCAGUCGGUGAAUGUGGCUCUCGGGGAGAAAUCGCACGAUUUGAUGCUCGGCGUUCUUGACAUUUACGGAUUUGAGAUCUUUGAAAAGAACGGGUUUGAGCAGUUCUGCAUUAACUACGUCAAUGAAAAACUGCAGCAGAUCUUCAUAGAGUUAACUUUGAAGGUGGAGCAAGAGGAAUAUGUGCGGGAGCAGAUUCCAUGGGAGGAGAUCAGGUAUUUCAACAACAAGGUUGUAUGCGACCUCAUUGAGGGGACUCAGCCGCCCGGGCUGUUUGCCAUCAUUGAUGAUGUGUGUGCGACGAUGGCGAAGGAAAAGGAGUCCGUCGCCGACAUCAAGAUGCUUGACAAACUAGACGCCGUACACUCCGGCAACCCCCACUUCAACAGGACAGAACGAGGGUUUCGUGUCCAGCACUACGCAGGAGAUGUGCAGUACAACGCGGAGGGCUUCACAACCCGCAACAAGGACCUCCUUAGUGUUGACAUCGCAUCGAUGCUUGGCUCUUGCUCUAACCGUUUUUUGCUAACACUCCUCGCGGAGACCAUUGCGGGUGUUUCACAAGGUGGCACCGGUGGACGGAACACACGUGUGACGACCACAGGACUUAAGAUGCGACAACAGGCAGCAAAUCUUGUCAAGACGCUGAUGGGGUGCAACCCACACUACGUGCGCACCAUCAAAUCAAACGACGAGAAGCGCCCCGGUUUCAUGGAUGAUGCCCGAGUUAUGCACCAGGUGAAAUACUUGGGCCUCCUCGAAAACGUUCGCGUUCGUCGCGCGGGAUACAGCUAUCGGCAAUACUUCAAUAAGUUUCUCCGGUGCUUCAAAUUUCUUAGCCCGGAGACGUUUCCACGCCCCUUCAAGGGCUCCGACCGUGAUGCUUGUUCUGCCAUUCUGCGUAGUGUCGGUGAUGCCUUACCGCAGGGCUCCUGGCAGCUGGGCCAGCAUAAGUUGUUUAUUCGACAGCCACAGCAUCUGUUCUUACUUGAGGACCUCCGUGAGGCCGCGCUUGACAAUAUUGUCUUGAAGAUUCAACGCGCUUGGUGCCGAUAUCAGCAGAAUAAGGAUGGCAUUCUCCUUAAGGCGUGUCUGGGGCGCAUGUAUUCCAAGGCCGGGAAGGCACGACGGGCGGACAGCGUAUUUCGCCCCUUCUCCGGCGAUUACCUUGACUAUCGCAACAAACUUCAGCAGCUUCACCCAUACGUGGAGUUUGACCCCAUUGGGAGUGCAUGGAAGGAGUUCUGGACCGAUGCGGGGCAGCGCUAUUAUCAUAAUCCGAUUCUCCAACGGACUCAAUGGGAACGCCCAAGGGAGAUGUCUCCGCAGAGAAUUGUUUUUACUGCCCUUGUGGAGCGGGUUGUCGAUCAUCAGAAGGCUUUACUUGAGAAAGAAUUUUGCAUUAUAACGGAUUUGGCCGUUUACCUGAUACAAGAACGCUUGGAAACUGUGGCACAGCCGCCAGCGAAGCCCACUAAAAGGAAUAUUCGCCCGGUACCGCGUACAACUUCUACAGUGACGAGGUACAUUCUUCAGAAGCGACUGGAUUUGCGCCUGUUAUCGGGGAUUUCUGUCACCACGCACGCGGAUACGGUUCUUGUGCUGCAUUUUUACCAACCCACUGUCCCGUACCGCUCGAUUGUAACGAGCUCACCAUCAGCAAAAAAUAAACGGACUCAUCUGUGCGAGUGUUGCGGGGGAAAACUGUCACCGGCAGCGAAGAGGCAGAAUUGUCCUGGGUGCGGACGCCUUUGCUGUGUGAAAAAUUGUUUGCAGUACAGUCGGCCGCUCCCUAUGCUGCUCGGACACAGCAAACCGGUACGGGUGUGCCCUAGCUGUGUGCACGGCGACCCUUUUGAACCGGUUGAGGAUGUGGUGUUAAUGACUUCCAUGAAGACAGAGAUCGCGGCCCUGUUAAGAAAGUGGUAUCGAAUUUUGAUGGGGAACAAAAUGCCAAUAACGAUAAGCGACUCCCUCGCAUACCAUCUAUUUGGUGAGAACCAGCAGUGGAUCCUCACAUCAACAGCUUCGGCUUCCAUUUCUGAAACGAUACUCAUCUCGGCUGGCCCAUUUGCCCUUGCGGUGAGCUCGCCGUUGGGUAUUCCCCAAGAAAUGAUUCAGGCGAUUGAAGCUGCACGGGAGCAGCGACGCGUCGCGGCAGCGGAACGACGCAGGAAUGAAGAAGAGGAGGAACGGGCGCGCGAGGUGGUCCGCGAGAGGGAGCGUGAGGAGGAGCAUCGUCGUGUUGUGGAAGAGCGCAAAAGGGCGAGAGCCGCAGCAGAGGCGCGGCAAGAAGCGGAGCGGCUGCAGCGCGAGCAAGCUAUUCGCGCCCAGCGAAAAGAAUCGGCAAGAAUUGUCGCGGAACGAGCUACACGGUAUCAAUAA